GGCCGGGCCAUGCUGCUCACCGUGUACUGCGUGCGGCGGGACCUCUCGGAGGUGACCUUCUCCCUCCAGGUCGACGCCGACUUCGAGCUGCACAACUUCCGCGCGCUGUGCGAGCUCGAGUCGGGCAUCCCCGCCGCCGAGAGCCAGAUUGUCUACGCUGAAAGACCUCUAACUGACAACCACAGAUCACUGGCUUCCUACGGCUUAAAAGAUGGGGAUGUUGUGAUAUUACGACAGAAGGAGAGCACAGAUUCUCGUCAUCCAGUGCAGUUCCAAAACUUACCCCGAAUAGACUUCCGUAGUAUAGCUGUACCUGGCACUUCAAGCUCCCGGCAUCGCCAGCCACCAGGAGCACAGCAGUCCCACUCAUCUCCUGGAGACAUAGCUUCAUCUCCCCAGGGCUUGGACAACCCAGCCUUACUUCGAGACAUGUUGCUGGCCAACCCCCAUGAGCUGUCCUUGCUGAAGGAGCGAAAUCCACCCCUGGCAGAUGCUCUACUCAGUGGAGAUCUUGAGAAAUUUUCUAGGGUCCUGGUGGAGCAGCAACAGGAUCGAGCCCGAAGAGAGCAAGAAAGGAUCCGUCUCUUUUCUGCUGACACCUUGGAUCUCGAAGCUCAGGCAAAGAUCGAAGAAGAUAUAAGGCAACAGAACAGAGAAAACAGGACAAUACUAUGGAAGAGGCACCGCGAAAGUUUUGGCCAAGUAGUGAUGCUUUAUAUUAACUGCAAAGUGAAUGGAAGUCCUGUGAAGGCCUUUGUGGAUUCAGGUGCCCAGAUGACCAUUAUGAGCCAAGCUUGUGCUGAAAGGUGUAAUAUAAUGAGACUGGUAGAUCGACGUCUGGGCAGGAAUUUGCCAAAGGGAGUGGGGCCCAUGAAGAUUAUUGGAAGGGUCCAUCUAGCUCAGGUUCAUGAAGGAGAUUUUCUGGCAUGUUCCUUCUCUAUACUUGAGGAGCAACCCAUGGACAUGCUUCUGGGACUGAUAUGGCUGAAACGGCACCAGUGUUCAAUUGACCUCAAGAAAAAUGUCCUCGUGAUCGGCACCACAGGCUCACAGACCACCUUCCUUCCUGAGGGAGAGUUACCAGAGUGUGCCCGGUUGGCAUAUGGGGCUGGGCGAGAGGAUAUGCGGCCGGAAGAGAUUGCAGAUCAAGAAUUAGCAGAAGCUCUUCAGAAAUCUGUAGAGGAUGCAGAGCGUCAGAAGCCAUGAUGCAUGUAGUGUGUGUGUACUGCAGCUGGAGUGGGCCCCAGAACAGAGAAAAGCGGUAAAGAAUCUACCUCACCAGG